AUGGCGGGCAAGAUGACUCUCUACAAACUGGUGGUGCUGGGCGACGGUGGCGUGGGAAAAACCGCCUUGACCAUCCAGCUCUGCCUCAACCACUUCGUCGAGACGUAUGAUCCCACCAUCGAGGACUCGUACCGCAAGCAAGUGCAAAUCGACGGCCAAUCGUGCAUGCUGGAAGUCCUCGACACCGCCGGCCAGGAGGAGUACACGGCGCUGCGGGACCAAUGGAUAAGAGACGGCGAAGGUUUCGUUCUGGUCUACAGCAUCUCCUCGCGCUCGUCCUUUGCCCGCAUACAAAAGUUCCACCACCAGAUCCAGCGCGUCAAGGAAUCCGCCUUUUCCGGUUCGCCCACCUAUCCCGGAUCGCCGCUUAGCGCAACCUCGGGCGCGGGCUCAUCCGGCCCCUCUCCUGUCAUGUUGGUGGGCAACAAGUGCGACCGUGUGACGGAACGCGAGGUCUCCACCCAGGAGGGCAGCGCACUGGCCCGCGAACUGGGCUGCGACUUUGUCGAGGCGUCGGCCAAGAACUGCGUCAACGUGGAAAAGGCUUUCUACGAUGUCGUCCGCCAGCUCAGGCGCCAAAGGCAGCAAACCGGCCGGAACUCCAAGAGCUCCGACCCAAGGGGAGGCAAGAGCGGUAAGGCACCGGUCGGCGGUGCCCCGGGAGGCGGCCGCAAGAACGACAAGGGAGGCAAAGGAGGAAAGGAGCACAAGCCUAAGUGCGUCAUCCUGUAA